UGAUCCUUCCUCGUCAUCAUUAGCAACAGUCAAGGACCCAUUUGCAUAAGUUGAUAAACAUAAAGUUGCUAAACUCGAAGUUGACAUUUCCUGUUUCAAAUAUUGUCAAUAUCAAAAUGUGUGAACCUAAACAUUAUGCAACACAGACUCCCUCAGAGAAAGAUGUUAAAGCACCGAACAUAAUUGAGAGAGGUAAGGAAGAAAUUGAGGCACUAUUCCACCAUGAUAAAAAACCACACCAUCACAAAGAAACACAUGGGAGGAGCGAUGAUAUCGACGAGAACACCGCUGUUGAUGAUGUUAAGGGCCCUAACGUGUUUGAAAGAGUGAAAGAAGAAGUGGAGGCCAUUGUUGGAGCAAUUCAUCCCAAGAAAGAAUCUAAAGGACCGUGAGUCACCUUCGUCGAUGCAAGGUGGGUUUAGAAUUCUGAUUCGAGGAUCAUAUCGAAUAAUUUAGGUUUAUAAUCUCAGUAUGAUGUUUAAUUUGCUCAUUCAACUAUGAAAGCAUUGUAGAAUUUGAUUCUUGUGUUUGACAAGUAGCUUGUCUUUGUCUGAUUUUCUUUACAUCUGUCCCUCUGCUUUAUGUUUGGAAUUCUUUAUCUUAAUGUUGCUCGAUUGUUCUUUGACAGAGUCCAUUGAAUACAAAGCGUCUAUUAUCUGAGUAAAA